CUGUAAUCCUUUUCAUUCACCAUGUGUAAAGUAUUAAGUCACAAAGCUACAACAGCGGUACAGUGCUUUUAAUCUGGAGGAGUUAAAAAUAGGUAUUUGAAUGUUUUCAGAGCGUUGAAUGGUCCAAACACACCCACGUUGAGGGGGAAACUAUUUUCACAGUUUAAACUGAGGUUUAUUAGGUGUUGUGCCAAAUCUGGAGUACAUCUGGAGUUUGGGACUCGUCUCAGAGGGGCGGGCUCGUGAAGCCCCACGUGCUCCUUGUUUUCAGCCUCGCUGGUCCUCGCGCGCCGCCCCUCUCCUUUGAAGCAGCUAGCCGCCAGACAGGAGAGGUGCUGGCUGCUGCCUUAGUCCAGAGCAGGGACUCAUUCUGAGUGUUUUAACUCUCACACGGAGCACAUGGGGCGAGAAAUGACGGCGUCGCGUCUGACUGAGCCGAGUUGUCGUCGCUGACAGCGUCAGUCCGGUUCCGCUCACGGCUCCUGUCAGUUCAUCUCACGGCGCGAGGAAAUCACUGGGACUAUGUGAGCAUCAUGCUCGCUGUGCGAUGCCUGCUGUUCGCUGCAGUGUGUGCAAGGUGCGCCGAGACAGGUCUGAGGGAAUGGGUGAGGCUGGAAGGCGGAUUGCCCACUGCGGAGGAGACCGUUCAGCCCAGGCGCCUCCUGCGACAGAUCCACUCAGAGGAGGAGGUGCUGCACACCCACCUGGACACCCGGGCCAGGAACCUCCCUGCUGGCACGCAGCAGCCCAUCCAUGUGGCUCAGAGCAGCUUCUUGGUUGAGGCCUUUGGCUCUUCUUUCAUCCUUGACCUGGAACUUAACCACAAUCUCCUGUCAACAGACUAUGUGGAGCGACACUUUGAGGAUGGGAAGCUUUCACAAAACAUGGGAGGGGAGCACUGCUACUACCAUGGGCGGGUGCGGGGACGGCCCGGUUCCUGGGCGGCUUUGUCUACCUGCCAUGGCCUGCAGGGGAUGUUUUCAGAUGGAAACUUUUCUUAUGGGAUUGAGCCUGUCGGCAGCAGAGAGCAGGAGGACCACGUUCUCUAUCGAAUGCCCAACAUUGACCUCCAGCUCUCCUGUCCAGGUUGCAUUUUGAACAUCUCGGAGCCUAAAGGGCAAACAGAUGUCCACAGUGACAACAAGCUAAAGGAUGGAGACGACGGGUCUAAAGAGGAGAAACACGUUUCUAGAAAAGGACAGAGACGCUCAAAAAGACAAGUGAGGCGAGGCCAGCGUAACGUUCAGACCGAGACCAAAUACAUCGAGCUAAUGAUCAUCAACGAUUAUGAAAUGUUUGUGCAGCUUCGUCGAUCAACCCUUCAGACCAAGAUUUUUGCCAAAUCGGUGGUGAACAUGGCAGAUUUGAUCUACAAGGAGCAGCUCAACACUCGCAUCGUCCUGGUCGCCAUGGAAACCUGGUCGAGUGAAAACAAGAUCGCCAUUGGCGACGACGCCUUGCUAACCCUGCGAGAUUUCAUGAAGUAUAGGAAGGAGAGCAUCAAGGAACGCUGCGAUGCUGUUCACCUCUUCUCAGGGAGGACGUUCAUGAGCAGCCGCAGCGAGGCAGCUUACAUCGGAGGCAUCUGCUCAGUGACGCGGGGUGGCGGCAUCAAUGAGUUUGGGAGUGUGGGUCCCAUGGCGAUCACUCUGUGUCAGAGUCUUGGACAAAACAUCGGCAUGCAUCGGAACAAAGAGCGGAUGACUGCAGGAGGGUGCAGGUGUCCAGAUCUGUGGCAGGGUUGCAUCAUGGACGAUACGGGCUACAAUCUGCCCAGGAAGUUUUCUCGCUGCAGCAUAGAUGAGUAUCUGCGUUUCCUUCAGCAGGGAGGAGGCAGCUGCCUCUUCAACAAGCCCACAAAGCUGUUGGACCCUUCAGACUGUGGCAAUGGAUAUGUGGAGCCAGGAGAGGAAUGUGACUGUGGAUCUCUGCUGGAGUGUACUCAAAGUGGAGCCAACUGCUGUAAGAAGUGCACUCUUACCCACAAUGCAAUGUGCAGCAAUGGACUCUGCUGCAGGGACUGCAAGUACGAGCUCAGAGGGGUGGUGUGCCGCGAUGCUGUGAAUGACUGUGACAUCCCAGAGACCUGCACGGGAGACUCCAGUCAGUGUCCUCAUAAUGUCCACAAACUGGACGGGUACACGUGUGAUGCGGGCCAGGGUCGCUGCUAUGGAGGCCGCUGUAAGACUAGAGAUGGACAGUGCAGGACUCUGUGGGGCUUUAACUCGGCUGACAGGUUUUGUUAUGAAAAGCUGAACUCUGAGGGCACGGAGAAGGGAAACUGUGGGCCGGAGCCCGGUGGCCAGGGAUGGGUACCGUGCAACAAACAAGACGUCCUGUGUGGGCUGCUGCUUUGCACCAAUUUGACAGAAAGGCCGAGGUUUGGUGAGCUGCAGGGAAAGCUGACCAGCCUAACAGUCCACCAUCAGAACCGGUACAUGGACUGCAGGGGGGGUCAUGCAGUGCUGGAUGAUGGGUUGGAUUUGGGCUACGUGGAGAACGGGACACCGUGCGGGCCCAACAUGAUGUGUCUGGAGCACCGCUGCCUCCCUGUCACCACCUUUAACCUCAGCUCCUGUCCAGGUUCCUUGUUCUCACAGAUCUGCUCCCACCACGGGAAUUGCAGUAACGAAGUGAAGUGCAUUUGUGAUCCCGACUACACCGGAAAGGACUGCAGUGUGUUUGACCCCAUUCCCACGCCUACUCCAGGAGAUGGGCUGGAGAAGCACAGAGGUCCCAGUGGCACCAAUAUCAUAAUAGGUUCAGUUGCCGGUGCAAUUCUGCUUGCAGCGAUAAUCCUGGGGGGAACAGGCUGGGGAUUUAAAAACAUCCGGAAGGGAAGAUCUUCAGGAGUCUGAGUCGUAUCUCUCUGCUGUCCUGUCUCCCUCACACUGUGAGCUGUCCACUCUGAGGAGACGGAACUGAGACGUCUUCCACCUUUAAUGAGCCAUUACACCUUUUCGGUUUCCUCCUCUGACUUUGUUGAUCCUAACUCCAUCCUGAACGGGAGAUCUGGAGAAGAUGCUCUCUCUGAUCAGACCGUCAGGAAGUGUCCUUCAUGCAUCUGGUCUUUGGACUGUUAUCAUGCUUCAUCCCUUUAAAUGAUUUAAUGAAGGACAACCAAACACUUUAAUGAGCGAGGCCCUCUUUAAUCACUGCUAUUAACCUCACAGAGAGCACAACCGUCUCCACUGUUGUGUGACGUUUAGCAGCAAUAGAGGUUUAGGAAUAACACUGAAUGUUGGCUUUUGUCCGUCCAGAUGAAGGCCGUUUGUUAGACCUUUACAUUCCACAAUAAUAGCCAUAAUUUAUCCUCUUAUGCUGCCUUUCUGUAUCAGACUGAAGUCAAAUUGUAGUACAUCAGCGCUUAUGAAUAAUGUGUUGUGUGUAUGUGCAGUAGGAGCUUGCUAGGGAGCUUAUUAUGUCUCUGUGCCUACAACAUGGAGUGCAGGUAACUGCUGUAUGAUAUCUUAAUCCGUAUCCAGGCUGUAUGCAUACGGUGAUGCUGCACAUGGGUGCUGUUGUAAAUACUGUUCGGACUCCUUUUGAGUGACUCACUGCCGCUCUGAACGGAAGCACAAGUCUGACAACAGACUCUUCCUGCCUACAAGAUCAGCCAGAAAGGAUUCGGUUCCCCAGAGAGGAUGAUGCGUGUGCCGUGGGUUUCAUACGUGCCAGAGAUAAUUAACUCCAAAGGUGCAACAGAAAUGUCUGAGAUCAGGAUUCCCUCUUUAGCUACAGAUGUGCUGUUUGUAACUUAAAAUCAUUAUGAAAAGAGCAAAAUUUCAAUAAGUUUAACCCAGAAAAGGCUUAGCAUUAAGUCCUUGUUGAAUAAAUCAAGUUAAAAGCAAUAAACAUUUAAAUCAAAGAUUUCAGGGUAAAAACAAUCCUCUAGUAAACGAUUAGUCCAGUCUUAUCCCUCCGGUCUCCUGUGUUACUCUCUGGAUGCUUCUAGAGGGUUCAUAUGGUUCAGAAUGAUGUUUUGAUGUAAAACAUGUAAAGAUGAUUUGGUUGAAGAGGAAACGGAUGCAAAAAAAUGAUCUAAGGUGCACUGCCAGUUCAAUCCACAGUAACUGUUUUUAUUUACCAACAAGCAAAAAAAAACCUUUUAAAAGAAAGCUGAAGCGCUGAUUUUUGCAUCACAUACAAAAAUGUUAAAUGUCAGUAAAUUCAUCAGAUUAUUUCCUACACACACACACACACACACACACACACACACACACACACACACACACACACACACACACACACACACACACACACACACACACGAUAAGGAAAUGAACCCACUAAGGUGACGCUAUGUUUACGACCACUGUGAUCACUUGCUGUUGGACUGAUUACGGGGAUUUUUGGCACCAUAAACUUAGUGUAAACACUCAUGUCAGCAUAUUAAAAGAGCUCUGAAAAGCA